GCUUUACAAAAAUGAAGCUGGGGAAGUAGUUUUGCCAAAAGAUGCAGAUUUGUGAUGUAAAACAAGGGCGCACUGAACUGUUCCAGAUAAUUCCAGGUUAACAAAACAGCCUGUGUUCCAUGCUGAAUGCUAUCCAAAAAGGAAGAGAAAAAUGCUUCAUUUUCAGAGAGGUGGCCGAGAACCGACAAGUUCAUUCUGUCUGCAUGUGCUGCUUCUGUGGCGGAACUAGUAACUUUUCCUUUGGAUCUUACAAAAACCCGGCUACAGAUCCAAGGCGAAGCUGCUGUACGUAACUAUGAAGAUGCUUCAAGAAGAACUAUCCCGUACCGUGGCAUGCUACGUACAGCAGCUGGGAUAAUUCAAGAGGAAGGGGUGCUAAAACUGUGGCGAGGAGCAACACCGGCGGUUUACAGGCACAUAGUAUACAGUGGAGUGCGCAUGGUUGCGUAUGAACACCUUCGCGAUUCUGUGCUUGGCCGAGCAGCGGAUGGGAGCUUUCCUCUAUGGAAAGCUGUUUUGGGAGGUAUGACAGCUGGUGCCAUUGGUCAGUUCUUUGCCAGCCCAACAGACCUGGUGAAAGUGCAGAUGCAGGUGGAAGGAAAGAGAAGGCUGGAAGGGAAACCAUUGCGAUUCCGUGGAGUCCAUCAUGCAUUUGUGAAGAUCCUGUCUGAUGGAGGAAUACGAGGCCUUUGGGCAGGUUGGGUGCCCAAUGUCCAACGGGCUGCUCUAGUAAACAUGGGAGAUCUGACAACUUAUGAUUCCGUUAAACAUUUUUUACUUCUCAACACAUCACUUCAAGACAACAGCAUCACUCACAGCAUUGCAAGUGGGUGUUCUGGCCUGGUAGCUGCUGUUUUGGGGACUCCUGCAGAUGUGAUCAAAACCCGAAUAAUGAAUCAACCAAGAAAUGAACAGGGAAAAGGUCUACUAUAUAAAUCUUCCACAGACUGCUUGUUUCAGGCAAUUCAAGGUGAAGGGUUUCUGUCUCUGUACAAAGGUUUUAUACCAACAUGGAUGAGAAUGGCUCCUUGGUCUUUGGUCUUCUGGCUAUCCUAUGAACAAAUCAGAAGAAUUACUGGAAUCAGUUCGUUUUAGGAAUAUGAUUAUCCAAUAUGCUAUUAAGCCUUCAACGGAACUUUUGUCUGAAUAAGGUUGUGUACAGAUGAUAUUUUAUUGAAGAUUCACUGAGCAGCAAAAUCUCUUUUGAAUCUGGCUUGUAGGGGCAUAACCAAGGCUGUUACUUACAGUCAAAAAACUAUUUACAAGGUGCAUCAAGAGACAAAUAGAAAAAGGAACAAUAAAUGAUAGUAAAUGUUGAAUCUUUAAAAGGGCUGCCCCUAAGCAACAAUGCAUUGUAGAAGGAUCCUGGAUCACUGAUUGUCAUGUGUGUAAAACAGUGAACUUUGAUAAAGGGAAGAGUGGGGUACAAAUAGAAAGGAUAUGUUAUAUACAAUUACCGAUGCAGGAUCUUUCAUUAUUACAUUGACACUUGUUGGAAGAAAACAUACUGCUUGUGAUAACCUCUAGGUACCUUCCCCCAAAAGCCAAGGAUUGAUUAUAUGGUGCUGAAACCCAUUAAUACCCUGGGUAUUUCAUUUCUGCCCAUUUGGCUGCACAAAUAUGCUAGCAAAACAUUCUAAGGUAUAGUACAACCAGCUGUUUGUUCAUUUGUUGAAAACAUCUGUUUAUGAUACUGUUGAUACAUAUAGUUCCACGCUAUUGGUGAAACACCCAAAGAAAAAUGAACACCUUAAGAUGGUGGGUUGCAUGGAUGUACUGGGCACAAUUCACGAUUUGCCUCAACGGAAACAACGCAGAAUGUAUUUUUUAAAACUCUGUGGACGUUACAUCUAGAACAGAAUUAUUACAGCUAACAUACACUGCACAGCAGCACAUAUUCCAUUCCAAUAUACUAUUUUUUGUAGAUCAUAUACAGAUCGCAAAGAACUAGAAAAGAACUUCAGCCAGGAUAACACAGAAAAAUCAAAUUCAUAUUAGAGAAAUAUGUGGCAUUUCCACUGAUGAACAGCAUCUCUUUUUUUUAAACUCAAGAUACAACUUUUAACAGGAAAAUCAAUGUAUUAUCCUCUGUAAUAAAAGUAAUUCAUUAUCCCCUACCACCAAUAAGAGUACACAAUUAGGGCUAUCAACCUAACAGCAGCAGGAGCCAACAGCAGCAGAAGCAUGUGUGUGUGUGGGGGGGAGGGGGUGAACACUAGUCAAAUGAUUUCAAGGAGAGCUCUAGGAUUUCCUAGAGUACUGUGCAACAUCUGCCUAGUUUUGAUCAGGCAUCUGAUGAAGAGAACUUGAUUCUCGAAAGCUUAUGCUAUAAUAAAAUUGGUUAGUC